AUGCUAUUUUUGUCAAAUUUCAUACUUAAAAAUAACUCGACCUUCCAUAUCAUGGCAACAAGAAGAACUAAAACCAAAUUGAGAGCAGAACCUUAUCGCACCUGCCCUCUGGGCCCAAGGAAUCUUAAAGUCCAUCCAGCGUCAUCUGGACCACCUUCAACCCAUAAUAUUGAAACUAAGUCAUAUUCCUCAGGAUCUGGAAUGAUAUUUGUAAAGAAAUAUGGCCAGCAUAUGUUAAAAAACCCAGGAGUUUUGGAUAAAAUCAUAAAAGCUGCGGAGAUUCGUCCAACAGAUACCGUUUUGGAGAUUGGUCCAGGAACUGGAAAUUGGACUGUUAGGUUGGUUACUUUAGCUAAGAAGGUUGUUGCAAUUGACGUUGACGCCAGGAUGAUUUCUGAAGUUAAAAACAGGUGUUUUCAACUAGGGUACACAAACUUGGAAGUUAUUGAAGCUGACGCACUUAGAACAACUUUCCCAAAGUUUGAUAUCUGUAUGGCCAAUCUUCCAUUUCAAAUAUCCAGUCCAUUCAUAUUCAAGCUUUUAUCGCACAGGCCAUUGUUCAGGUACCUUUUCCAUUAUUAUUACUUUGCUUUGGAGUCUGCAAUAUUAGUCUUUCAGAAAGAAUUUGCAGAACGACUUCUUGCAUCAACUAAUGAUGACAAAUAUGGGAGACUUGCAAUAAACACUAGACUUUUCUGUACAGUAACCAGAAUUUGCAAGGUUUCAGCAGGCAGUUUUAAUCCUCCACCAAAAGUUGAGAGUAUGGUAGUGAAGAUAGUUCCCAGAGAACAACCACUUGUGGUAGAUUUUGGGGAAUGGGACGGUAUGAUAAGGAUUUGUUUCUCAAGAAAGAGGAGGACCCUGAGAAGUUUGUUUAAGAAACAGUCGGUGUUAUCAAUUUUGGAGUCAAAUUACAAGUCAUGGUGUACAAUAAAUAACAAAGUUCCGGUAGUUAAACCUUUUAAGGAAUUCGUCAUUGAAAUCCUUGAAGGUUCUGGACUAGCAGAGAGAAGAAGUAUAACUGUCAGCAUUGCUGAGUUUCUAAAACUACUACUCGCAUUCAAUGAAGUUGGAAUUCACUUUUGCAAUAUCGCAAAUCCUUCCAAGAAAGAUUUGAUGCCGAACUUCCUAUUUGAGGAUGAUGUUGAAAUGGAGGUUGACGAUUAG